AUGAGCAUUUUUCUUGCCUUUCUUUUCAUUUCCACAACCCUCAACAUUAGCUUCUGCGGAGGAAGCUCUUACCGGGGUUGCAUUGAAAGUGAGAGACAAGCUCUUUUAAGGUUCAAGAAAGAUCUAAUAGAUCCUUCCAACCGGCUUGCCUCUUGGACUUCUGGUCAUGGAGAUUGCUGUACAUGGUCUGGCAUUUUUUGUGACAACGUGACAGGCCAUGUCCUUGAGCUCAAACUUACAACUCCUCGGUUGAAUGAUAAUGAACCUGUUUCUAACAAUGAAUUUGAAUCAGAGCUGGUUGGUAAGGUAAAUCCCUCUUUGCUUGAUUUAAAGUAUUUGCGCUCAUUGGACUUGAGCAAUAACAAUUUUGAUGGUCAGAUUCCUGAAUUCCUUUGUUAUAUGCACAAUUUAAGAUACCUUGAUCUUUCUCAAAAUUUUUUCCGAGGUAUAAUUCCUCAACAGCUAGGAAACCUCUCUAAUCUGCAGUAUCUUGCCCUCGAUAGCAGUUUAGAUGUUGAAUAUUUAGGGUGGUUAUCUCGUCUUUCUUUGUUGGAACACCUUGACUUGAGUGGUGUGGAUCUCAGCCAAUCCUCUGAUUGGCUGCAUGUGAUCAAUACACUCCCUUCUCUAGUAGUGUUAAAAUUGCGUUAUUGUGGAAUUCAUCAUUUUUCUCAACUUCCCACUGUAAAUUUUUCGUUUCUUGAGACCCUUGAUAUGAGUGAUAAUUAUUUUGAAGGUCCAAUUCCUUAUGGACUUCAAAACUUGACUUCCCUUAGAUAUCUUGGUUUAUCUGGAAAUAAUUUCAAUUCUUCAAUACCCAAUUGGUUUUACAGACUUAGAAGUCUCCAAGGACUUUCUCUUGAUGAUAAUUGGUUGAAAGGCACGUUAGGGAUUCUAGGAAAUCUGACAUCUAUAGAAGAGCUUGAUCUCUCAUCAAAUGGAUUUGAAGGUGGAAUCCCAAGAUCAAUGGGACGACUUUGCAACUUAAGGUUAAUCAGUAUCUCAUUUGUCAAUCUAAGCCAACCAAUAUCUGAUGUCAUUGAUAUUUUCUCUAGAUGUGUUUCAGAUGUACUAGAGAUUUUGGAUUUGGAAGAAAGUCAAGUUUUUGGUCAAUACGGGUAG